CGCUACCAACUUAAGCGUUUGCGUAAACCUGGAAGUUUUAGCGUAGCAAUGUUAGCUAAUUCUGCGCUAGGGACAUUGCUACAUAGCUUUUAGUUUGUAGAAGUUGUUCAAUUGUCGCACAGCUGUUGCCAAAGAAGAAGGACUCCAGCCAUGGAAUUUCUCCCAGUGCUUGACCCUCAGGAUAAACCACGAGAAAAAAUAUGGUAUUCCUUCAUUCCCACAGGCAGCGGUCCAGGUGUUAGUGUGGGCCACACGUGCACCUUCGUUCCCUCUGGCGAUGGAGGCAAAGGAAGAAUCCUCAUUGUUGGGGGGGCUAACCCAGGUGGCAGCUUCUCACAGUCUCACAUCAUAAAUCUAGAUCGUCAUGAAUGGGACAUUCCAGAUUGGGAGGGUUUGGAGUCCAGGUACGAACACUGCAGCUUUGUGCCGGAGAGCUGCCCUCAGACCCUGUGGGUGUUUGGUGGGGCACAGCAGAGUGGCAAUCGCAACUGUCUCCAGAGCAUACAGCUAACUGACAGUCGACCGAACUGGAAGAAUGUGCCGGUGGACGGGAAACCCCCCAGUCCCAGGACGUACCACACCAACUCAGCGUGCCUAGGGGACAGACUAUAUGUCUUCUCUGGCGGGGAAGCAGGGGCUGCACCUGUCUCUGACCCUGGACUUCAUGUCUUUGACAUAGCAUCAUCCUCCUGGUCCCAACCAGAAACACAAGGCAGACGCCCCCCCGCACGGCACGGCCACAUUAUUGUAGCAGUGGGUUCAAAGAUCUACAUUCACGGAGGCAUGGCUGGGGACAAAUUCCAUAGUGAUAUGUACUCACUCGACACCAGUAGCAUGAAGUGGGACAAAGUGCAAGCCAAAGGCGAUAUCCCUCCAGGAGUGGCAGCACACUCAGCUGUGGUGCUGGGAAAGAACAUCUACAUCUUCGGAGGGAUGACUGCAGACGGAGCCAGCAACUCCAUGUUCAGAUUUGAUACAGCCAAAAGUCGAUGGAUCCUGAUGAAAUUUGAAGGGGAUAUGCCAGCCAACCGUUUAGACCACGGCAUGUGUUUACUGCCUUGGAAGGUGUGUGCUGAGGGGAGUGAAGAAGGGGACCCAGCCUCUGUAGAGACAGUUCAACUGGCCUUUGUAUUUGGAGGAAUGGACACCCAGGGAGUCAUACAUUGCGACUGUAUUGUGACUGUGAUAACAUGAUAUGUGCUGAGGGUGUUUGGAUCUUGUAAAUAGUCAUCUUUCUUUGUUGUUUAAGUGCUGAAUACAGAACUGCAGUGGAAUUGCUUGUAUGUUUUGUAGUGGAAUAACUGGAAGUUGAUAAAGUGCCUCAGUUAUUUUAAAUCAUGUGGCUAGAGGUCUAUAAAUGAGUGGCUCACCAGA